UCUCAGCAAUUUUAUUUUUUCGAAAUAUUACAAUGCAUCACGACACACAUUGCACAACCAACAUGGCGGAAAAAGAUGAAAUUUCGAGCGCUGAGACUUUGAAGAAAUUCGCCCAGCGAAUUACGACAUCCAGCACAAAGGAACGAAUUAGUCUGCUGGAAAACGUGAGAGUAUGUGUUAGCAGACCCGAUUUCUCGGAAAAUGCUGUGAAAGGUGUGUUAAAAUUUCUUUCCCUAACCAUUGGACGGUAUCAAGAUAACAGAUCAAGACAAGCUGUUAGAAACCUUGUAAAGGAGCUAGCAAAAUCGUAUCCUGCUGCUACUCUGAAGAAUGUUACAUCCUCCCUAAAAUCUGAAACAGAGGCUCAGAAGAAACAAGUUCAUGCAAGUCAUAGUUCGUCUGGGGAUGCAUUGUUUGCCCUUACCUGGACAUGUAUUGUAUUUAAAGAAGUCUGGACAGCCAACUUCAAAAGUGAUAAAAAUGACCUGAAAAACUUGGUGAAUGUCCAGUGUGGGCUUAUAUAUGGAGCAUUGGCUGCUAAAUGUAAAUCCAUCUCAGAUUCAACAUUCAGAAAGAUGUCCAGCAUAUUCUCAGUGAAGAAAGAGGUCACAGCAGAGUAUGCCCAACUUCUUCAAGAUAUUGAGCCAUCAAUGUACAACUUGAGUGCUGUGGCCAUGUUACUGAAAUAUCUAAGCAAGAGCAAAGAUCAAGAUUUACUCACAAAAUUAAAAGAUCCUUUUGUGGAGAUGUAUGUGAAACAAAUUUUAGGGAGUCGCAGCAAACCACCUGUGACUGUGUUGAAACACUCCAAUGAAUUACUUCGACACUUGAAUCACGCAGAGUUUAAAGAAAAAGUGCUACCAGCCCUACAGAAAGCUAUGCUAAGGAGUCCAGAAAUCAUUUUAGAAGCUGUAGGAAGUCUUUUGCUUGGAGUCACCAUUGAUUUGGGACAGUACAUUCAGGAUUUGGCCAAACCACUUGGAAUACAACUUUGCUCCAAGGAAGAUAUUUCUCGUCAUGAGGCUGCUGUUGCUUUCUCCAGCCUUGCCAAACAGUGUAGUGAUUCUGGAGCAGUGGAGAAACUGGUUACUCAUCUGUUUGGAGUUUUAAAUGGAUCAGAGGGAAAGCUGACUAUUGCUGACCAGAGAAUCAGUGUUCUUCAGGCUAUUGGCAGUGCGAGUCAGAAUGCAGUCAGCGGUGCAAACACACUAGAAAGUUUAAGCACCACUGUGGCUGAGAAAUUCUUGCCCCUUCUGCAGAGUGAGGUGCAUGAGGGUACUUUGGUGACUGCUUUGAACAUGAUGUCUCUCUGGUGUGCCAAGUUCUACACCAAUGUUCCAGACAAACUGAUAGAGUGGUUUAAGAAAGGAAUAUCUUUGAAGACCUCUACUUCAGCUGUCAGAAAUGCCUAUCUUUAUUGUAUGAAUGCCUCAUUUCAUGGUGAUACUUUGACACAGACUUCCAAAUUGUUAGACAUUUUGAUCCAGACCAUCAACAAGGCAGUCAACCAAUCCAGCCAAUCACAGCUGGUCACCGAGGCACUUACAGCGUGUUGUUUGCUAGCUAAAUUCUCAGUGGUUGAUGACAUUCAGUCAGAAUCCAAGAUGGGGCUGUUUUGGUCAUUCACUAUGGAGAACAACAAGCAGUUCUUCCUGCAGGAGAAGUUUUUGUCAUCUGUCAGCGAUGAAGUUCUUGGCAGUGUUGUGUUUCUGGCUGAAAAAAUGAUUCUGGAAUUUCCUCAGAAAAUGACUGAAAAAAUUUCAAAGCCUUACUACAAGGCUUUGGUGUACUGUGUAGCACACAAAUCUCGAGCGGUGAGGAAGCCCACUCAGGACGUGGUGAAGCGGUUAAUUUCCCUGCUCGGCGGGACAGCUGUUUGUCUCAGUCUGGUGAAGGAGUAUGAAGAAAUGCUGGAAACACAGAGGUUGAUUGAUCCAGAAAUAGUUGACAAUGAAAAAGAAAAUGUUGCCACAGAAGUAACCAAGUACAUUGCUCCAGUGAUUCUUGCUAGAGGCUUGAUGAGUAUCACCUCUGUAGACAAAGCGGACCCCAAAGAUGCAGAAACCAUUGCCAUGGCAACUGUCAGGUCAGCCCACCACCCCUCCAUAGUUUUUUCAAACAGUUCAGCAUGGACUGAUAUUCUGUAUCAGUUAAAACUUGAUGCCAGACAGUUUUUGUUGAAGAAUGCAGACAGAUGCAUGGAAUGUGUUCUAAUAGACAAACAACUUGAUGAGAACACACAGAAUGCGUUGAGCACUUUUGCACGGAUUGGGGCUGACCUUGUUCUGCGGAGAGUUGUGGCCUACAGUACAGGUAUUCUGGGUCAGAGCGAGCUGUUACUGGUGACCCUGAACGAGUACGGAGUGUUCUGUUGUCCCGAGGGAGAGCUCUACGACAAGUCACUCAUCCAGCAGUUUGAAAAGUGUUCUGACAGCUCUGGUGCCAACAUUAAAAGGGAGAACAAGCUGUACACGUAUGAAGAUCAAAUGGCUGAACUAGAACUCAAAAAGGAGUUAGAGAAGAAAAAGGGGAAAAAACCAAAAGAGCCAAUCAAACUUUCCAAGAAACAGGAAGAAAUGCUGCAAGCUCAGAAGGAAAAGGAGGCUGAAAUCAGAAAGAGGCUUACAAAGCUAAAUGAUGCCCUUUGCUGUGGAUGUCAAAUUAUAACAGCUUGUCUCAAAGGAAACAGUUCAGCUACCUGUGAAUUUAUGAAGGAUCUCUGUGCUUGCUUAGUGCCUUUACUGAAAUCCCCUCUUGGAGCACCAGAAGCCAGCAAAGUUUUCCUGAGCUUAGGUCAAGCAGUAUUUGAGGACAACAUGCUGGGCAAGAAAGUAAGCUAUAUCGGUCUUAGACUGCUGGAACCAGCCUGUCCAGUCAAUAAAGAAUGGACUUGUAUUACUGCCAAAGAACAGGCCAUGCACAUUGUACAGCUUUUGUGUGAAAAAUCAGUGCCAGAUUUAUCUACCCCUGACAAAGAGACUGAACUGUUUGAGGCCUCAACCUUUGUGUUUAUUUUCUACCUUUUGGGAGUUGUGUUACGGAAUGCUGGGGAAGUCGUUGGUAGUGAUGAGUUAACCAUGUCUCGCGCCCUGAAGAUGAUCAUCACUCAUGCUGAGAUGAGGAAAACCAAAUCAGGAAACUUUUCCAACCCUGAAUUGCUGCCUCACUGUGACAUCCUGAGAACCCUUCUUCAAGUUGUUGGCACCUCCUCUUCCUCCAAAAUUCAGCAGCUGGCCAGCACUGCUCUAGUGGAGGUGGCAGAGUCCAUCUCAGGGAAAGAGGGGUGUGGCAGAGCUACAGAAAAAGAUAUAGAAGUUUUGCUGGAAGCUCUGAAAUUACCAAGUGCUAUGUCUAGAGAUUCGGCUCUGCAGGCACUUCUUCGUCUGGCUGAUGUCCUGCCAAACAUUAAUGAUGACCUUGACCUUGGACUACAGAUAGCACAGAGGGUCUGGGUGGUCAACUUUGAUGAGGAUGAAAAUAUCAGACAGAUAGCCGAAAUUUUGAGAGAGAAGCUGAAGCUGAAAGAGCCGUAUGAAGAUCUGUGCUUGCCUCUGAUUGAUGAUGUCAUCCACCCGGAGAAGACAGUCAGGAAGGCAGCCUCUAAAGCCCUGGAGAGGACCAUCAGCUGCCACCCAGAGUUCAUCACCACCACCAUACAACAACUUAAAGAGAAAUACGAGGAGAAGCUCUUUAUGCCUCCUCCUAUACUUGACUCAUUUGGGAGACAGGUUGGGGAGCCUCCAUUGGAUGAGUGGGAGGCCCGCAGUGGGGUUGCCCUGGCUCUGGAAAAGAUCUCCCCACUUCUGCCUGCUGACCAGAUAGAGGAACUGUUCUCCUUCUAUGUACCCCAUGCACUAGGAGACAGGUCAGCUGAGGUCAGGACGCAUAUGAGAGAUGCUGCCUUAGCAACUGUGACAGCUCAUGGAAAGGAGAAUGUCAGCAUCCUUUUGCCCGUGUUUGAGAACUGCUUAAGUAAUGCCCCAGACACGGCCAGUUUUGAUGCAGUGCGACAGAGCAUAGUUAUUUUGAUGGGAUCCCUGGCCAAACAUUUAGACAAAGACAACCCCAAAAUCAAGCCCAUCGUGGCUCAGUUGAUUGGAGCUCUGUCUACACCAUCUCAGGAGGUACAAGAAGCAGUAGCUAACUGCCUACCUCCCUUGGUGCCAGGAAUUAAGCAGAAUGCCCCUGAAUUAGUCCAGAAGUUGCUGCACCUUCUGCUGGAGUCUGACAACUAUGGAGAGAGAAGGGGGGCAGCCUAUGGUCUGGCCGGCCUGGUCCGGGGGCUGGGAAUCACUGCCCUCAAACAGCUGGAGAUCAUGUCCACCCUGGAGCAGGCUGUCAAAGACAAGAAGAACCCCCGCAGAAAGGAGGGUGCUUUGUUUGCCUAUGAAAUGCUUUGUACUAUGCUGGGGAAGCUGUUUGAGCCAUAUGUGGUUCACAUUCUACCACAUCUGCUUCUUUGCUUUGGAGACAACAGUCCCUACGUCAGACAGGCAGCAGAUGAUACAGCCAAAGCUGUGAUGAGCAUGCUCACUGCUCAUGGAGUGAAACUUGUUCUUCCUUCAUUGUUGAGAGGUUUGGAAGAGGAUUCAUGGAGAACAAAGACAGGGGCUGUGGAGUUGUUAGGAGCCAUGGCAUUUUGUGCUCCUAAGCAGUUAUCAGCAUGUCUUCCCAGUAUUGUACCAAAGAUCUCAGAGGUUUUGACUGACUCUCACGCUAAAGUACAGAAAGCUGGGGGACAGGCCCUCAAGCAGAUUGGAAAGGUCAUCAGGAAUCCAGAAAUCCAAGCCAUUGUGCCAGUGUUGCUGGACGCCUUGCAGGAACCUGGUAAGAAAACACUGCUCUGUCUACAGUGUCUCCUAGAGACCAAGUUUGUGCACUUCAUUGAUGCUCCAUCUCUGGCUCUGAUCAUGCCAGUCGUGGAGAGAGCUUUCUUGGAUAGGAAUACAGAGACCAGAAAAAUGGCAGCUCAGAUUAUUGGAAAUAUGUAUUCCCUGACAGACCAAAAGGAUCUAGAUCCUUAUAUAGAAAAGGUCAUUCCUGGUCUGAAACAGUCAUUACUUGAUCCAGUUCCGGAGGUCAGAACUGUGUCAUCUCGGGCCCUUGGUGCUAUGGUAAAGGGUAUGGGUGGGGCCAAAUUUGAUGAACUGCUCAACUGGCUGAUGGAGACCCUGAAGUGUGAACAGAGUUCUGUGGACCGGUCAGGAGCCGCUCAGGGUCUGAGCGAGGUUAUUGGUGGGCUGGGUGUACAGGAGUUGCAUCGUCUGAUGCCAGGGAUUAUCCAGACAGCUGAGAGGAACGAUAUUCCAUCCCACGUCAGAGACGGCUACAUCAUGCUCUACAUCUAUCUACCUGUCGUUUUUGAAAAGGAUUUCUUGCAGUAUAUUGGACCAAUUAUUCCAUCAAUUCUGAAGGCAUUGGCUGAUGAGUCAGAGUAUGUGAGAGACACGGCUCUGAGAGCUGGACAGAGGAUGAUCAAUCUGUACGCCGACACGGCCAUUGAACUCCUGCUGCCCGAGUUAGAGAGGGGAUUGUUUGAUGAUAACUGGAGGAUCAGGUACAGCUCUGUACAACUGCUGGGAGACCUCCUGUACAAAAUCUCAGGUGUCUCUGGCAAAAUGUCGACAGAAACAGCUCACGAUGAUGACAACUUUGGAACAGAGAGUUCUCAAAAGGUCAUUCUGAAAGCCCUUGGUCGGGAGAGGCGUGACCGGGUAUUGGCUGGGCUGUACAUGGGUCGAUCAGACACAGCUCUACUUGUCCGUCAGUCGGCACUACAUGUAUGGAAGAUCAUUGUGGCCCAUACUCCCAUGACUCUCCGAGAGAUCCUCCCCACACUCUUUUCUCUCCUCCUUGGGUGUUUGGCCAGCACUAGUCAUGACAAGAGACAGGUGGCGGCUAGAACUUUAGGAGAUCUGGUGAAGAAGUUAGGAGAACGAGUUCUUCCAGAAAUCAUUCCAAUCUUGGAGAAAGGUCUGGACUCGGACCGAGCUGACCAGAGGCAGGGAGUGUGUAUCGGACUGUCAGAAAUCAUGAAGGCCACCAGCAGAGAACAUGUAUCUGUGUAUGCAGACAGUUUAGUACCAACAGUCAGGCGGGCAUUAACAGAUGAACUACCAGAAGUGAGGGAGGCAGCUGCUGAAACAUUUGACAAUCUACACUCCAAUAUUGGCCAAAGAGCCCUGGAUGAAAUUCUACCUGUACUUCUGAAACAAUUGGAUGAUGAUGAGUUCGCUGAAUCGGCUUUAGACGGAUUGAAACAAGUGAUGACAGUCAAAAGUCGAGUUGUCCUGCCAUACCUUGUUCCCCAGUUGACUGCUCCUCCUGUAAAUACCAGAGCUCUGUCAUUCCUGUCCUCAGUAGCUGGCGAUGCCCUGACCAAGCAUCUAUCCAAGAUUCUUCCUGCUCUUUUGUCAGCACUGAGCUGUAAAAUGGAUACUCCCGAGGAAGCUCAGGAAAUAGAAUAUUGUCGUACAGUGGUGCUGUCAGUCACUGAUGAUGUGGGGGUGAGGACGGUAAUGCAGGAACUUCUGUCCGCCUCGCAGUUACCGACCGCCAGCGAGUGCUGGAGCGCUGUUGCCAUUCUACAUACUUUCUGUGAGAAGACCAGUGCUGAUUAUGCAGAUUAUCUGCCGCAACUGUUCCGGGGCCUGAUUGGACUGUUUACUAACUCCUCAGAGAAAGUACUUCAUGCUGCAUGGGAUUGUCUCAAUGCAGUUACAAAAAAAAUUGAUGUCACUGAAAUGUUCCAACACAUUGCCGAUGUAAGACAAGCUGUUCGGUAUGCAAUGUCAGACUACAAAGGCAAAGAAUUGCCUGGAUUCAAUUUGCCAAAGAAGGGAAUUGCCCCAGUGCUGCCAAUCUUCAGAGAAGGUAUUUUGAAUGGCUCCCAGGAAAUGAAAGCACAGGCUGCUGAUGGAUUAGGAGAGCUAAUCAAUAUCACCAGUGCAGAAGCGCUCAAACCCUCGGUGGUCAACAUCACUGGACCUCUGAUCCGUAUCCUUGGGGACAGAUUCUCCUGGCAGGUCAAAGUUGCCGUCCUGGAAACGCUCACUUUGCUUCUUGCCAAGGUUGGAGUUCAACUGAAGCCAUUCCUUCCUCAGCUACAAACAACCUUCUUGAAAGCACUGAAUGAUCCCCAAAGACCAGUGCGUCUGAAGUCUGCAUCUGCGCUGGGGAAACUGACCGUCAUUCACACAAGGGUAGACCCUCUGUUUACAGAGCUCCAUUCCGCUGUCAAGAAUGCAUCAGACCAGAGUGUUAGGGACACCAUGCUGCAGGCCUUGAGGUUUUGUAUCAGUGGAGCAGGUGAAAAAAUGUCGGAUGCCUCCAGGAAAGCCAUCAUGGCGACUUUGGUGGUACUGCUAGGAAAUCAGGAGGAUUCCACCAGGACUGUAGUAUCAGGCUGUGUGGGGUCUCUUUGUAAAAUAUUACCCCCAGAAGAAUUAACUGAACUCAUGAUUCAACAGUUAUUAGAUACAGCAGAGAGUGGAAUAGACUGGACGCUAAGACAUGGACGGGGUCAGGCUCUAGCCGUGGCCCUCAAGGAGGCAGCACCAAAGAUCUGGACCCCCACCUUCCAACCGGACAUCAUCAAGUGUCUGUCUGGUCUGAUCGACUCUGACAAGGUGCCCCUUUGCCAGAGUGGACUGAGAGGGCUUGGCUAUGCACUUCUACAUCAGAGCAUGUCCUCAGAGCUUAGCCCAGAACUAGUCAGUCUGUUGAUCAAGGGACUAAAGAAAGACUCCAAUGAUGUGAAGCUGAUAGUGACUCAAGUGACUUGCCUGAUUGCCAGUUCUAAAACUCCACUCCCAAUGCCUGUCAUCAAAAUCCUGGUCCCUGCUCUUGUGAUGGGCACCAAGGAAAAGAACAGCAUGGUCAAAUCUAGCAGUGAAUAUGCCAUUAUUUCAGUCCUGAAACUCAGGGAGGGAGAUGCAUUGCUGAAGCAAAUUCUUGCUGAACUGGAUGUGGGAAUGCACGAUUCUUUGAGUGACGUUGUUACCAAGUCUCUUAACAAACUAUGCAAACAACCUGAGCCAUCAUUGGAUGAAAUAGACGACACAAUAUUGAAAUGAAGUCAGGUGACACAGGGCAGGCUAAUCAGUGAACUUGAAGCACUAAUGUCCUGUUCGUUGACUUUUCUCCCCUCAUGUCAGCCGCAUGAUGAAAAAAAAAAACAUUGCUAUAAUAUUAUAUCAGAAAAUCUGUUUGAGUUGGUAAAAUGUUGACAUUAUUUUUCCUUUGUUAAUUUUCAAUUUCAUUUUCUAUUUCAUUCAUUAAAACAUUUCACCAGCAUUAGAAAACAAUUAUGUGCCCAAACAUAGAUACGGCAGUUGUUUGUGAUCUGUAAUAUUUUUCUUUUUUACUUUAAAAAAGAUUGUUAUUGAUUGUCAAUUAAUGAUUUACAAUGCUUUAAUAUAAUGUAAUCUCGGAUGUUGUUAUACUCAACUACAGAUAUAAAUAGAGACUGAGUGAAUGUUAUUAAGCUGUGUCCAACAUGUGCAGAAUUAGUUCUUUGUUAAAUAGAAAGGGAAGAAAUGUGUUAGAAUUAAACCAUAAACAUGUAAGAAGAAUUUUCAUGCACAUGAUAGUUGACGAAUUUGGUUGCUGGUGGAAAGGAUUUUUAGUUAUUUACUGAGUAUGUUUUGUUUUUAGGGGUUUUUUUUUUUCAGGAAAAUAUAAUUCUAUGUAAGAAACAUGUUUUUGUUUAUGCUUAAGUUUUUAGCUCACCUGAGCUGAAAGCUCAAGUGAGCUUUUCUGAUCACUUUUUGUCCGGCGUCUGUCUGUCCGUCCGUCUGUAAUUUUUUUACAUUUUUGACUUCUUCUCCAGAACCACUGGGCCAAUUUCAACCAAACUUGGCACAAAACACCAUUGCAGGGUAAAGGGGAUUGAAGUUUAUUAAAAUGAAGGGCCAUUCUCUCUUACAAGGGGAGAUAAUUAGGAUUUAUUGAAAAUUUGUUGAUAUUUUUCAAAAAUUUUCUUCUCAAAAACCAUUUGGACAGAAAAGCUGAAAUUUGUGUGGAAGCAUCCUCAGAUAGUGUAGAUUAAAGUUUGUUCAAAUCAUGGUCCCCAGGGGUAAGGAUGGGCCACAAUGGGGGUCAAAGUUUUAUAUAGAAUAUAUAGAGUAAAUCUUUAAAAAUCAUCUUUUCAGAAACCAUUCAGUCAGGAAAGCAGAAACUGGUGUGGAAGCAUCAUCAUGUAGUGUAGGGUGGGGCCACAAUGAGGGGAUCAAACUUUUACAUAGGAAUAUAUAGUGUAAAUCUUUUAAAAUCUUCUUCUCAGAAACUAAUCAGCCAGGAAAGCUGAAACUUGUGUGGAAGCAUCCUCAGGUAGGGUAGAUUCAAGUUUGUUCAAAUCAUGAUCCCCUGUGGUAGGGUGGGGCCACAAUGGGGUCAAAAUUUCAUAUAAAAUAUAUGGUGUAAACCUUUUAAAUUCUUCUUCUCAUAAACCAUUCGGCUAGAAAAGCUGAAACUUGUAUGUUCAGCAUACUCAGAUUGUGUAGAUUAAAGUUUGUUCAAAUCAUGGUCCCGGGGAGUAAGGUGGGGCCACAAAGGGAGUCAAAGUUUUACAUAAAAUAUAUAUAGAGUAAAUCUUUAAAAAUCUUUUCAGAAAUCAUUCAGCUAGGAAAGCUGAAACUUGUAUGGAAGCAUCGUUAUGAAGUGUAGAUACAAAUUUGUAAAAAUAAUGAUACCUUGGGUAGAGUUGACCUACAAUUUGGGGAGAAGGGGGGGUCAAACUUUUACAUAGGAAUAUGUAGUAAAAAUCUUUUAAAGGGACAUGGUCACGAUUUUGGUCAAAUUUUUUUUUUUACGAUUUUAAUGUUUACAAUGGUUAAGUAAGACAUUUUUAAUAAGCAACCAAAAUUUGAAUUAUCAUUCGUUGAGUUAUAAGCAAGUCACAUUUGCUAUGUAAACAAAGCUUUUAAAAGCUUUUGUUUACAUUUUGAUUGUUAUGGUGAAAAUUCCCGUUUUAGACCUGGAAUGAAUGUAUUAAACAUUAGGAGCUGUUUAUUUACGCUUAAAAUGAGUAAGAAGAUACAAAAGCAUCUUUAAAAGAUUUUUUACAGGUGUAUUGAACCUAUGUAAACAAAAACAGGGCACGAGCCUUGUUUACAUUUCAAAGAAUUGUGAGCUCUGUAUCUUGCUUAUAACUCUAUGACUGACUCUCAAAUUUCAUUUUAUUAUUAAAAGUGCACUCCUAAAGCAUUGUAAAUAAUAAAAACAGAAAAUAAAACUUGACCAAAAUCGUGACCAUGCCCCUUUAAAAUCUUCUUCUCAGAAACUAAUCAGCCAGGAAAGCUGAAACUUGUGUGGAAGCAUCCUCAGGUAGGGUAGAUUCAAGUUUGUUCAAAGUUAAAAUUAUGGUCCCCAGGGGUAGAAUGGGGUCACAACAUUGGGGGAGGGGCAAAAAUUUACAAAAGAAAAUUUUUAAGAUAUCUUUUUCUAAAAACCACUUGCCUAGAAAAGCUGUUACUUUACUGAAAGCAAUCUCAGAUAAUGUAGAUUUAAAUUCUUUCAAAUCAAAAUCUUGAGGAGUAGGGUGGGGCCACAUUUGGAUUCCAAUUUUAAAAAGGGAAAUAUUUUAAUUAUUCACAAAAAAAAAUGAAAUGUUAUGAUAUAUGGUUUUACUUAAAUGCAAGCAUUCUCACAUAUUGCUGAUUCUUUCAAAUUGUUUAGGCUUUGGCUCUUUGACGAUUCUUUGGCCACAAAAGGGGUUCAGAGUUUGAUGUAGGUUCAUAUCCCAUAUAUAUACAAUUUUUUUGGAUCUUUUUGAGAACUGAAAUGCUCAACAAGUGAUAUGACUAUAAAAUCAUCCUGUUAGAAAAGGGACUUAAUGAACAAAAAAAAUAUCCAGGGUAAAAGGACUUUUAUUUAUACAGGAUAUACAUGUAUUAUACUACAUUGUCCAGAUAGCUUGUAUUAUGACUCUGUUAAGCUGAUUUUACCAUACCUAUUUGUUGCUCAGGUGAGCAAUGUGGCCCAUGGGCCUCUUGUUAAUUAAUGUGUUAAAUUGUAUGUUGAGUUUAUUCAAGGUGUCUUUAAUUUGUCAUCAUUUUCUAUAUACAUGUACAACUGUGCAGUUCUAUAGUUAUAUUUAUGACACAUUUUAUGGUAAAGUAUUUAAACAAUGUGCAGAGUAUUCACAGAUGAGAAUAUAUUGUUUAUACAUCAGAUGAGUGGAACAGUGGACCUGAUGGGUACAGUGCUAUGUGUGUUUGCAAUGUUCAUCAUUGAAAUAAAAUUAAUCAAUGUUGAUA